AUGGCAACUCGGGCACGCGCCCUCUUCCUGCUGCUGCUGGCCACAAGCAGCAUCAUCAGGCCUUGCUUCACCGGCCUCCGCACUUCGAGCCGAGCUCCCCGAAGCGCCAUGCGCCGCUUCAGCAACGCCGCGGCAGAGUGGAUGGAAGCCAAUGGCUACGAGAUCAAAUCGAAGCAGGGUCGCGGAGGAAGUAGUUGGGCUUCCUUCCAGACCUUGGAGACGGACAAGGGAGACUUCUUUGUGAAGACCUCCAACCGUCCGGCGGAGAAGAUGUUCAAAGGCGAGGCCCUGGGCCUGGACGCGCUGCGUGCCGCAGGAGGUGUCUGCGUGCCGAGAGUCGUCCACUACGGGGACGACGACAAAGGAGGGUCGUACAUCAUCAUGCAGAAGCUGUCCAUGGGUGGCCGCCCCAACAUGAAAGAGUUCGGCCGCGCGCUGGCGAAGAUGCACCUAGCCGAGCCUGCCGACCCAACUGCAAAGGAGGGGCAGUUUGGCUUCGAGGUGGACAAUACCAUCGGGGGCACGCCACAGUCGAACACCUGGACCAGCAGCUGGCUGGACUUCUUCCGCGAGCAGCGCUUGGGGGCGCAGGUGCGGAUGGCAGGUAGCACGGAGCUCCAGCGGACGUGGGAUCAGCUCCUGAAGGAGACAAACAACCUCAAGGACCUCUUCACUGAUGUCGAGGUGAAGCCGUCCAUCCUCCACGGGGAUCUGUGGAGCGGGAACUACGAGAUGACUCCCGAAGGGGUCGCCAUCUUUGAUCCGGCGACGUACUACGGCCACCACGAAGCCGAGUUCGGGAUGUCGUGGUGCGCUGGAUUCAACCGCGACUUUUGGCAGGGCUACCGGGAGAUUAUCCCAGAGGCGCCGCUGUUUGCCAAACGUCGGAAGCUCUAUGAAGCCUACCACAUCAUCAACCACUACAAUCUCUUCGGGGGCGGGUACUUGUACCAGGGGAUUGGUCUGCUGAGCCCAUAG